AUGUCUUUCCUUGCAUUGUUCAACAAGUCAGCGCAGCCACUGCGUUACAAGCUGCUCGCUCGUUUAACUGCCUAUAAUGGCUCUAUCCAUGCACUUGCAAUUUCUAAUGAUGGACACCUGCUUGCAUGUGGUGGUACCAAGGGAAUCAAACUCUGGGAUAUCAAAUCUCGGAAAGAACUCACAUCUUCGGCUAAUCAUCAUGAAUCAAGGGGAACAGUCAGUUGCGCAAUCUGGGCCACGACUAUGAAAACCACGGCAGAAACCCUCUGUUAUGGAACAGGCCUGGGUUAUAUUGUAUGUUUGCGAUGCAGUCUCACAGAUGAAAAAUUCCAGGAAAUAUGCACCAGGAGACUGGGAUCAGGUUUUGAGAUCACAUGCUUGUCAUGGCAUUCAACUUCCUUUGAAGGCAACCUGCGAAUUGUAGUCGGAACUAGAGACAAAAUGGUUCAGGUUCUGACGCUCAACAUAAGCUCGCAGCUCCAGUCCAUCUUUGCAGUGCGACUUGAAAAUACGGUGCCCAAGUCAGUAGCGUUUGCAGAUAACCGGAGCAUCUAUGUGUUCGGGCUCUAUGAUGGCAACUUCAUGAAACUGAAGGAUGAAGAUGGCUACAUAGUGCAAGAAAUUAGCUGCAAAUCAAUGAUUGGUCAUGCUGUGGUGUACUCAAAGCGGGGCGUUUUCAUUGUAGAUAAUGCAACAGACGGCUUUACAUUAUAUCGCCUUGAAGGUGAUGGUGAGCCUAUUCAAAUGUUUGCAACUGGUUUGCCAAGCGUGUCAGUCCUGAAGCAAGUGGCAUUCAGGGAAGAAGGCAAGGUAGUUGUGGGAGGAAGUGACCAUGGGCUAGUAUACAUAUUUGAUCGGAAGACAGGGCAGAUACUUGAAACCCUCCACCAUGCGGACACUGGCCUUGUGCAAACAAUAUCCGUAAGUAUUAAGACUAGUCGGAAAGAAUGUCACUAA